CAGCUCUACCUCCGCCUGACCGCCACCAUGCGUCACCUUCUCGCCGCUCUCCGCCGCAGUGAUCGGCGUCACAUAUGUAUAACUCACCCAAUCUAUUAUAUUCCUUUUGCGCACUACCGGCCGCAGAAACCCCAACCACCUCCAUCGCCACCAUUGCCGCCAAAACCCCCUAAAAAGCCGGCAACCUUCACUCUCCACGGCGAGUCAUGGGAGGACCCCUACAGUUGGAUGUCCCAGCUCAACGACAAGGUUGCAAUGCGCCACAUGGAUGUUUACAUGGAGCAAGAGGAGAAGUACACUGAAGCCGUUAUGUCUGACACCGAACGCCUUCAGUCCAAGCUUCAAUCAGAAAUGGCCUCUCGCAUGGCUUAUGACCUUUCUACCCCUCCCCUUCAAUGGGGCCCCUGGUUGUACUAUAGGCGAGUAGAAGAGGGGAAACAGUAUCCAGUGUUGUGCAGGAGGUUAGUGAGCACAAAUGAAGAGUUUAUAUCUCAUAAAUCUCCUUCAGCAGGGUUUGAUUUUACUUCUGGAAAGAGAAUUGAGCAAAAGCUGCUUGAUUACAACCAAGAAGCUGAAAGAUUUGGAGGUUAUGCAUAUGAGGAAUUAUCAGAAAUAUCCCCAGAUCAUCGAUAUCUUGCUUACACUAUGUAUGAUAAAGACAAUGAUUACUUUAAAUUAUCUGUAAGGGACUUGAAUUUUGGUUCUCUGUGUACUAAGCCUCAGGUUGAUCGGGUGUCAAAUAUAGCUUGGGCAAAAAAUGGACAAGCUUUACUUUAUGUUGUUACUGACCAUCAAAAGAGGCCUUGCCGGUUAUACUGUAGUAUGCUUAAUACAGAUGAAGAAGAUGUAUUGCUUUUAGAAGAACCUAACGCAAGUGUCAAUUUGAACAUAAGACAUACAAAGGACUUUCUCUUUGUUACUGUAAAUGUGCUUGCAACUACAUUUUCCAAGGUCUUUCUGAUAGAUGCCUCUGAACCUUUGUCUGGUCUUAAACUGGUGUGGGAAUGCGAAGGGCAAGCCCAUUGCAUAGUUGAGCAUCAUCAAGGUUAUCUUUACCUGUUUACGAAUGCUGCAAAAAAUGGCCAAUCUGUUGAUUCUCAUUAUCUUUUACGUGCUCCUGUUAACUAUCCAUUUGAUCAAAAAAAGUGGGAGAAUGUUUUUGUUGAUGACUCAGAGGUCAUUGAAGAUGUUGAUUUUAGCAAUACGCAUAUGGUGCUCAUAGUGCGAGAUGGGCGAAAGUUUAGGCUUUGUUCUGUUCCUCUGCCUCUGCCCAGUGGCAAGGUAGGGAUUCGACUAGAAGAACUUAAUCCACAGUUUUUGCCUCUCCCUGAUAAUGCUUGUCAAAUUUUGCCUGGACCAAAUUAUGACUUCUAUUCCUCUACAAUGCGAUUCACAAUUUUAUCUCCUGUGAUGCCUGAUGCAGUUGUUGAUUACAACUUAUCAAGUGGAAGCUGGAAUAUUGUUCAACAACAGAACAUGUUUCAUGAACGAACAAGAUUGCUAUAUGGAUCAGCUUCUUCUGGUAAUGAGAAGUCAUCAACUGCAGGCUCUACUAAGCUAGCCAGUGCUGAAAAUUAUCAAUUGUGGAGUGACCUCUCUGAGAUUUAUGCAUGUGAGCAUUUUGAUGUCACAUCUCAUGAUGGGGUAACAGUUCCUUUAACGGUUGUAUAUUCUAGAAGGGGGAAAAAGCAAGCAGAAAAUCCCGGGCUACUUCAUGUACAUGGAGCUUAUGGUGAGAUCCUAGAUAAACGGUGGCGCACUGAGUUGAAGAGCCUGCUUGAUCGUGGUUGGGUUAUUGCAUAUGCUGAUGUCAGGGGUGGAGGUGGUAAGGGUCAAAAGUGGCAUCAUGAAGGCAGGUGCUCAAAAAAGAUCAAUUCCAUUUAUGAUUAUAUAUCAUGUGCUAAAUAUCUGAUAGAGAGGGAAAUUGUUGAAGAAACUAAGCUAGCUGGUUGGGGAUACAGUGCUGGAGGUCUAUUGGUUGCUUCUGCCAUUAAUUUUUGUCCAAGUUUGUUUCGUGCUGCAGUUUUGAAGGUUCCAUUUCUGGACCCAAGUAACACACUUGUCUCCCCGAUUCUACCACUUACACCUGCCGAUUAUGAGGAGUUUGGGUACCCUGGGGACAUUGAAGAUUUUCAGGGAAUGCGGAAAUAUUCACCAUAUGAUAACAUACAAAAAGAUGUUGUUUACCCAGCUGUGUUGGUGGCAUCAUCAUUUAAUACACGGUUUGGAGUAUGGGAAGCAGCAAAGUGGGUUGCUCGGGUGCGUGAAUACUCGAUUUAUGAGCCAAAACGUCCAAUACUACUGAACUUGACAGCUGAGAUAGUUGAAGAAAACAGAUAUCUGCAUUGCAAGGAGAUGGCAUUAGAGACGGCCUUUCUCAUCAAGAUGAUGGAAACAUAAUCAGCUUCGACCACGCAUUUCUGAAAUUCCACAACUGCAUAAAUACUUGGCCAGGCCACUUACCUAGUACACCUUCAUCCCCUUUGCAGAAAGUAGUUUUUUUUUUUUUUUUUUUUUUUUAAAUAGUACUACAGGUUCUGUUACCAUGCAGAAAGUAACGUUGUAAUUUCACAACUGCAUAAAUCUCUAUAAGUAUUGUUAUUUUUUAGUUUUUAAUCAA